GCUAUUAAUUCGAGGUCGAUUUAUCUUGUACCACGUCUAUUGCUACAGUUCUUAUCAGCUGCCUGCCGCUGAUCAAAUACUUAAUCGACCCAUCUUGACGCGGAGCUAUUAGUGGAACAGAAUCGAUCGGGCUCGAAGAUUGUAUGCUAAUCUCAAGCCUCUGUCCGGAAUUAUCCAGCAAAGCAUUCAAGCAAAGGUGUCCCAGCCCCACUCGAUGCGGAGCUGUAGUUGGAAUAUUCUUUCGGGGUUUCUCUGGAGAGGACGGCGAAGUUGGAAAGCAAAUGCACUGUCCACGGGACGAGGCUGAUAAGCAUUUGAGCUGUCAUAAAUCACUCCGUUCCUGGGCUUUGAAUCACAAAAGCAGAAGCUCGUCUAGUUCACGCAUCGGUGAAUUUGCAGCACACCAACGGAACGCCAACAUCUCCCGUAUGUUUUUUUGAGCAUUCCAGGGGUCUCGCUUAGCAUUAAAGUAGACGCAUAACCGAGGCAGUUCGAUCUUAUCGGUUCUUUAGAGAUCCGGGAACCUGGCUCACUUUACUUCGGUCUAUUCAAUUGUGUGGCGUUGACUCGUCGCCCUCUUCGGCCCCAAAAAGAAAGUGCGGGCAACAGUUCGCAACGUACACAACUAGCAACUGCAGCGGGUUGUUUCGGGUUGGUUCGUGGUUAGGUACUUACUCCGUAGGUACCCAGGUAUCUUUACCCGCGGGAACUGGGAGAUAGGUAGGUUGGCAGGGCAAAUUCACCUCGGCUUAUCCAGCACCGGAUUCUUCCGAUUAUGGUCGGUUUCUGUUGGUCCUGGUCAUGGUCCUGGCCCGCGUGCUGUGUUUAGACCCCUGCUCGCUGCACCCCGCAAAAUCACAAGCAUCCCGCCCCGCCGCUGGAACGUCAUUUCUCUCACAAAGCUGAGAAUUCGAGGAAAGAGACGUGAACCAGAACAGAACAGAACAGAACAGAACAGAACCGCCCCAGAACGCAAGCGAAGUUUGUUCUGUUGCUAGAAUAUUCUUGAAAUGCACUCUUCCUAAAAACAGUGAUGGCCGUACCCGCAGUAAUGCUUCCAUAUAUCCCCGCCACAGAAGUUCUAAGCAUCAAUCAAAAGUAAAGCUAGUCGUCUGGUUGGGAUCUCCGUUGCGCCGAGUUAGAGGAAUUUGGCCAUGUGCUGGGGCUCGCUCUCGGCUCCGCACAAACCCAUUCCUGUCCACGUCGAGUGCCAUUCCUGCUGCAUGGGGCAACGGCAAGACUGUCUUUCCUGGGCCGCGGAUCAAAGCAGCGCAGGUGGGUGUCCGGGGAAAGCUGGUAAAUUUGCCGAGCUUGAACUGUCACAGUUGUUGCCAAUUUUCUCUCUUUGCACGUUUCCUCCUGCUCAUAUCCUCCUGGUCUUGCAGUCCUCCCUCCUUGAUAUUGGGAUUCCCAGUACCAGGAAAUAGCGUAUUGUGGUUGGACUUGGUACAUGAUCAGUUACCUCGAGAAGCUUCGAAGCCAAAAAUCUGGUCCGACCCCCUAUCCUCGUCCAGCGCAACCUCACAACGACCACGAUCUGCUUAAAAUGUCUGCUAAAAAUGUGUCGGGGUCGAACGGCAAGAAGCCAGCUUCUGCCGCAACGAACUUGAUCGCUGGAGGUACAGCUGGUAUGAUGGAAGCUCUCGUGUGCCAUCCACUGGAUACCAUCAAAGUGCGAAUGCAGCUUUCUCGUCGAGCACGCGCUCCCGGUGCCAAAAAACGAGGCUUUGUAACAACGGGGGUGGAGAUUGUCAAACGGGAAACGCCUCUCGGACUAUACAAAGGAUUGGGUGCUGUCGUUACUGGUAUUGUACCAAAAAUGGCCAUUCGGUUCACGAGCUUCGAAGCAUACAAGAAGUUGCUUGCGGAUAAGGAGACAGGGAAUGUAACUGGUAGAGCUACGUUUCUGGCUGGUCUGGCAGCGGGUGUUACUGAAGCUGUUGCCGUUGUGACUCCCAUGGAAGUAAUCAAAAUCCGGCUGCAGGCUCAACAUCACAGCAUGGCCGAUCCUCUCGAUAUACCAAAAUACCGUAACGCCGCCCAUGCUCUCUAUACUGUGAUCAAAGAAGAAGGCGUCGGAGCUCUGUACCGCGGAGUGUCACUUACUGCAUUACGGCAAGGGUCAAACCAAGCUGUAAACUUCACUGCGUACACCGAAUUUAAAGAAAUUUUGCAGAGAUGGCAACCAGAUUACGCAGAGACGCCAUUGCCCUCAUAUCAAACAACGCUCAUUGGUCUUGUGUCAGGAGCUAUGGGUCCACUCUCCAAUGCACCGAUUGAUACUAUUAAGACUCGGUUACAGAAAACUCCAGGGCAACCGGGUGAGACGGCGAUAAGCAGGAUAACAGCAAUUGCGAGAGACAUGUUUAAACAAGAAGGAUUUCAUGCUUUCUACAAGGGCAUCACACCACGAAUCAUGCGUGUAGCACCUGGUCAGGCUGUGACAUUUACCGUUUACGAGUUUCUGAAAGAGAAAUUAGAGAAUAGUACCGUGCCUAUUGUUGGGGGAAAGUACGAAGAGUAA